GACCCCACUUUUGGAAGUUACAAUACAUCACACACCGUAGACAUGACAGCAUCUUCGCCUGCCUUCUUGCCUGUAUCGCUUCAAUUGAUUCCAGACUUGACAUUUAACUGUAUCUGAUCUUCAAGAUGAGCUUUGAGCCUAGCAAUUUAGCAAUUUGCGAAACAUGCGGUACGCAAUUUGAUGUUCCACUUGAGCAGCACCCAGAGACAUGUCGGAUCUGCGAUGAUCCUCGCCAGUACGUUCCCGCCAGCGGCCAAUCCUGGACCUCACUCUCAUCUACCCAACCCCUCCAGAAGAACACUUUCGAAACCGACAAGCAAGACUCACGAAUCCACUACAUAACCACUGCACCUUUGUCCCCUUCUGAAUUACCCCCUGGUCUCGCCGACUCCAGCACCACCCGCAAGCAACUGGGUAUUGGACAACGCGCCAUCUUACUCCAGACAUCCGGUGGAAACAUUCUUUGGGAUUGCGUCGCAUUCUUGAACCCCGAUACGAUUAAUUACAUCAAGGAAAAAGGCGGUUUGAAGGCGAUUGUGAUUAGCCAUCCACAUUUCUUUACGACUCACUUGGAGUGGGCGAACGUGUUUGGAUGUCCGGUAUAUCUAUGUGGGGAUGAUGAGAUGUGGUUGAAUCGUAAAGAUAAGGAUGGUGUGAGGAGGUUGGUUAGAGGGGUUACCGAGAUCGAAGAGAUUGGAGGCGAGGCUAAGAUGAUUCAGUGCGGGGGUCAUUUUAAUGGUAGUUCGGUGCUGUGGUGGGACAAGAAGUUGUUUAUUGCUGAUACGUUCAUGAGUGUGCCUUCUGGCUUCAACAACGCACACCGCGUACCAGAUACAACAUCGUAUUCGUUCAUGUGGGCGUAUCCUAAUAUGAUUCCGCUGACGCCAAAGGCGAUUCACGGGAUCUGGAAGGCGAUCAAGCCAUUCGAGUUUGAUAGCACGUAUGGAGGAUUUCCGGGGCAGAAUCUAAAGAGGCCAGACUUGAAGAAGCAGGUAUUGGAAAGUAUGAAGAUAUUCUUGAAGAGGAGCGGACAUGAGAAUGUGGGAAUCUUUAAAGAGAGUGUUUGAGAAGUACUACGGGGAACAGUGAUGUAGGGGACUGUGAGACUUGCCAUGUCUUGUGGCCCUUAGUUGUGGCGUAGCGAGUAAAUGCGACAGGACAAAGUAAAAGAAACACAGAGCUUGUAUUCAAGGAACCAACCACCAUCAUUUCUACCACUGGUUUAUCAUAACACCGUCUAAUGCAUAAU